UUCCAUCUGUUCCACCAACUACCGAUGAAUACCGACUUCGAAACCAACGCAUUUCAACAAGAUUAUUUAUCGUUUUAUUAGUUAUAUCAUUAUCUAUUCUUGUCUUAUAUACUUCACUGAUAAAUAUUACAGAAACUGUUAAUAUCGAAACACCUUCGAUUAUAGAAUAUGAACAACUCUAUAACUCACAUAGUCAAACAUUAACAUGUGACUGUACAGAAAUAUCAAUUAACUAUGAAAAAUUUAUUCAAAUUCAAUAUACACCACAUCAAAUAUGUCAUAGUGACUUUGUUACACAAAAUUGGACAAAUUAUCUUGCCGCCUCGUCUGGAAACAAUGAUCUAGAUUACACCGACUUUCGAUUAACAAGUACAUUUACAUUUCAAGCCUUAAAUACACUUUGUGUCCUGGUUGAUCAAACAAUAUCGAAUAGUUUAAUCCAAUUCUAUUCAAACCAAUAUGUAAGUGCAUCUGUAACACCUUCAAAUUUAUUUCAACUACAAACUGAUGCAUUUAUAUCUCAGUUUAAAUCAGCAACAAGAAAUGAUUUUUUGUUAUCACUUGCUAUGAUACGGAACACAACUCAAAGCAAUGGUUUACUCUCUGGAGAACUACUUAAUUUCGAACUCUAUAUAACAAAAAGUGGUAGUUUAGAUUACUCUCAACGAUCGUAUGGUAAUUGUGGGUGUGCUUCUUCAGGCACGUGCUCUAGUCAAUCUCCAAUUUACGAUUUAGUCAGCGGUAAUAACAUAUUAUUUUAUGUUCCGGGCCUUUAUACAGGAUGUUAUAUAAUUGAAUCACUACUUCAGUCUGAUCUGCAAUGUUUUUAUAAUCAAACAUGUAUUAAUAAGCUACAAUCAUAUUUUCAAGUAUCUUCGGUUAUGAAUGUAACAGCUCUUGAUAUAUCAUUGUCGAUUCAAUUUUUGGAAAACUCAACAAUUUCAGAUAUUCUUAAUCAAUUAAUGGUUGAAGAGUGGAUUAACUCAAGCAUGUAUGACAAUUAUUAUAAUGAAUGUCAACCAUCAUAUUGCAGUUAUACUGUUACGACGAAGAAUAGUGCAAUAUACAUUAUUACAACUCUGAUUGGAUUAGUUGGUGGUUUAAUUACGGUAUUGAAAUUUAUAGUACCAUAUUUCGUUACGCUGGUUAGAAGAAAAAAACAAUUCUCAAGAGCAGAGACAGGUAGGAUCAAAUUGAAAACAGUUUUUUGUACAUACUAGAAAGUAAUAAUGUGAGAAGUAAACAUAUUUCUUUUUGGCUAAACAACAUCCUAAUACCAUUGGUGUUUUUACUUUUAUUGAGCUUCCGAGACAUUAUCAUACAAUUUAUGAACAUAUGAGUCAGAGUAAGAAAUCAGAUAUAUAUCCCAUUAUUAGUAUAAUGCCCUAUGUUAAUUGUUCGCUUCUGCUGAGGAAUUUUAUUACAUGAACUACUUAGUUGGAAUUUCUUGAUUUUGUGCAGCGUUGAUGAAAAUUUAAACUUUGAGAAAAGUAUAUAAGUUUAACACCAUACAUAAAGUCUCGUCAAGAUAUAUUUUUAAUAUCAUAUUGUCAAGUUUAACAAAUCUAUUUCCUUCUUUAGCUCUGUACGUGCUCAAACGAUACGCUUUUUGUAUCUUUCUUGUUCUGUUAUUAAUAAGUGCAUAGAGAUCAACCAAAAAGAAUUUUUAAAAUAAGCGUUUAACUGUUCAAUUCUAUCUCUUUCAUUUGAUUUUGCAAGCAGUCACAAAAGUCUUCGUAUCAUUAUAAAUGAUCCGAACAGGUAUAACUUGAACAUUUUUCAUGAGCUAUUUUUUCAUAAUGUGCGUAAGAGUGAGAUUAUUGAUGUGUGUGUGUCAGCGAGGAGCGCAAUGUUCAUAUCUUUACCUAAUCAUCUGUCUCUUUAUCUUUCAUGUAAUAUCUGACUGUAAUCUUUGAAGUGCAGAGCGAAGAAUGAAAUUGCUAAUUCUAUACAUUAACACUCCUUAGAAUUCUUUUUCACAGGAAAAAAAUCACUUGUUUCUUCUAUAUAAACUAAAUGCUCAUUUUCAUAAUUUUUUUCAAGUGAUGAGCAUUAAUGAACGCGUUCAAACAUUGUACCAAAAAUUAAAGCUUUUUCUUUUAAAUAUCAAUUUAUUUCCAUCUGUUCCACCAACUACCGAUGAAUACCGACUUCGAAACCAACGCAUUUCAACAAGAUUAUUUAUCGUUUUAUUAGUUAUAUCAUUAUCUAUUCUUGUCUUAUAUACUUCACUGAUAAAUAUUACAGAAACUGUUAAUAUCGAAACACCUUCGAUUA